ACAUACAAACUGCCAAACAACAUACGUCCUCAACUAGGACGCCUACUUGAUAGAAAGAUUUUUUAUCGCAUUGAGAAUUUCAUUGACGCACUGUUGGCGACACUGCUCUGUUGACAUAUUGAGGUUAUGUGUACAAAGUUGCUUACAGUAGCUUCAAAAAUAAAAUGGGCGACCGCUACAACAUCCACAGUCAGCUAGAGCAUCUCCAGUCGAAAUAUAUCGGGACAGGGCAUUCCGAAAUAACAAAAUAUGAGUGGUUGUUGAACCAACACAGGGACAGCUAUGCCAGUUAUUUGGGGCACCACGACUUAUUAAAUUACUUUGCAAUUUGUGAAAAUGAGGCCAAAGCUCGCGUUAGGUUUAAUUUAAUGGAAAAAAUGCUUCAGCCUUGUGGGCCACCUCCCGAUAAACCUGAAGAUUAAUUAUCAUUAACACAGUCUUUUUAUUAAAUCAAUGAAAUAAUAACAACAAACUUCAAUAAAUAAAAACCCAAAAUGACUUGCUUCAACAAACAAUUUUGGGGCGAAAACUGACCAAAUAAACAAAUGGUGUCUG